CUAGUGAAUCAACGCUGUGUGAAGAGAGACGUUGAGCUCGUGCAAAUCAUUUGUUGUAAAUCACCCCAAACCUAACUUGGAUUCGACCGCCAUGAUGGAGGAGGUGAAGCCGUACCCGGUCCAGCCGUCCGGGGAGACCCUGGGUUACUAUGACCCUCACAACCCUCCUGCAGACAGCACUACCGAACCAAAAUCAGAGAACGCUAAGACUGACCCCGACCAGAUGGACAUCGUGAAGGCCACCCAGUAUGGUAUGAUUGACAGAGUGCGUAAGCUGGUUGAAGAAGGAUAUGAUGUGAAUGAACCUGAUCCAGAGAAUGUAACAUUAUUGCACUGGGCUGCAAUCAACAACAGAGCCGAGAUUGUGAGAUAUCUCGUUUCCAAAGAAGCCAUCCUUGACAAGCUGGGCGGGGACCUGAACUCCACCCCCCUCCACUGGGCGGUGCGCCAGGGGCACCUCCCUAUGGUGGUCCUUUUGAUGCAGUACGGGGCCGACCCCUCCCUUAGGGACGGGGAGGGUUGCAGCGGCAUACACCUAGCUUGCCAAUUUGCCCACACACCUAUUGUAGCGUAUCUCAUCGCUAAAGGCCAGGAUGUCAAUAUGAUUGAUGGUAAUGGUAUGACACCGCUGAUGUGGUCUUCUUACAAAGCAUUCUCGAUGGACCCUACUCGUCUUCUCCUCACCGUGGGAGCGAACCCUAACAUCCAGGACAAGAAGUUUGAGAAUGGUGCCCUCCAUUGGGCCGCAGUGCAAGGCAACAUGGCUGCCAUUAACUGUCUGGUCAAGUUUGGAGCCGACACCUACAUGGAAAACAAAAGCCAUCAGACAUGCAUGGACCUGGCAAAGCUAAGGCGGAACGGAUACUUGAUUAUGAGAAUAAAAGAGUUCAGAGGGGAAGCAGAGGUCGACAAUUCAACGAUAUUAAAGAGACUCAAAUCAAAUAAGACUGUAAGGAAACGUGUGAUGCAAAUUGUUCCGUUCUUGGUGAUCUUCCUGAUGGGUGCCAUACCUCAACUCAGUCAGCCCUGGUGGGUUAAACUGAUCGCUGCCCUCUGCACCUAUGGAGUGGUGUACACGCUGUUCAGGACGUUUUUUGAUCACCGAUUUGGCGAGCUUGUUUCACUCUGCAUCUCUUUUUCAACAAAGUUUUUCCUCCACACCACCUAUGCUUACUUCCUGUGGCCUCAUCAGUCUUUACUUCACAAUGCAGUCUUCUUUGCAUCCUCCGUCUGCAUGUAUUAUCAAUUCUGGGCAACGAUGAAACGAGACCCAGGUGUUAUUCAAUGUUCUCAGGAAGACAGGAAAAGAACCAUCAUAGAGUUAGCGGAGACUGGGCAGCUGGAGUUGAGUAAAUUCUGUACGACAUGCCUGAUCAAACGACCAAUCAGAAGCAAGCACUGUUCUCACUGUGACCGAUGUGUGGCCAGGUUUGACCAUCACUGCCCUUGGGUGGAUAACUGCAUUGGAUCUGGCAACCACCAUCAUUUUGUUCUGUACCUGACGGCUCUACUACCUUGCCUAGUCUUAUACUUCUAUGCAUGCAUCAACUACUGGUCUGAAGAGUGUACCACAAGCUUUGAAGAGGAUGGGUUCUGGGCCUAUCUCGGUCAGAUCAUGUCCUGCUCGCCAUGGAUUUUCUGGACCUCUCUCAACUCCUUGCUCCACAUGACCUGGGUCAUUGUACUCUUGGCCAGUCAGCUCUUCCAGAUGAUCUGGCUAGGUGUCACAACAAAUGAAAGACUCAACAUGUCACGCUACACACACUUUGAACAGGUUCCAGACAAACCCGGAAAGUUCAUCAAUCCGUUCGACCGGGGAGUCGUCAAGAACUGUGUGGACUUCUUCGGUCUGCGCUGCUUGGGGUUAUGCCGCCCUCUGAAGAUCAACUGGGGCAGGCAGUUCACGACCGAUCUCACCCAGUCGUCCUCAACGACCUACGUCAGUGUCAGCAACCAUGAGAACUACCAGUUUGUGUAGCCCGAUGGCAUUACCGCUGGCAAUGCUUACUACGAGACAGUCUAGAGUCUAGAGAAUGACAAAUGGCAGUUUGAAGUGUGUUUUUAACUGGUAGUGGUUUGUAUUUAACUCUACAAUGGCCAGAGCUAACAAGGUGACAUGUCAUAACGUGUGUUUGGCAGAAGAGCGUAAAUAGGUGAUUCUUUGCAUUAUUUCUUGUAUGACACAAGUCGUUUCUCCGAGUAUUUCUUCAAAAAAUUAGAAAUUGCUUGUUAAGACCAUUUACUAAAUUGUAGUGAUCCCAGAAAGUACCAUCAGUUGGUGAUCAUGUCCAUUAAAUUCAGGAUUGUAUAGAUGGAGAAGAGACUCGGCCAAAUAUUAGAAAUUGCUUGCCAAGACUAUCAACUAAUUGUGGUGAUACCAGAAAAAACCUUUAGUCAGCGAUCAUGUCAAAUAAUUUUUGGAUUGUAUAGACAAAAGACUUUUAUCUCACAGAAACACCCAAACACGGUUUCUUUAGUCAAAUUUCUUAACAGUGUGAUUGCCGAAAUGAUAAACUAUUGUUAACAGUUGGGUGACACCUAGACUGAAAAGUGUCACAUGCGUCUAGUCAAAGAACAUUAAAAGUUAUUAAAUAACCUCUUCUCGAUAUGAAAACUACAUUUCUUGGUUGUCCACUCGUGUGCUUCUGCCAGGCCCACAAUGAGAUCUGUCAAUCAUCAAUAUUUAAUUCUCUUGUUUUUAACGUCUUUCCAUUGCCUCCUCUUCCACUUGUUUCUCAUCACGGUUCCCAACCUUCCAAUUUUACUUUCUUUGCCUGGGUGAAGUGUGCGAAGGAUUUCAGGUUGACCUUUGACCUUCCGGUAUUCCCAUGAUGCACUUUGUCUGUAGUUGCAACAAUACCUGUCAUAUAUAGUUCUAAUCAAAAGUUGCACUGUGUGAUCUGACAUUUGCCGUUGGAUGACACUUGCUCCAAAGUUCUAAAAAUUGACUGUAGAAUUUUUAUAGCUGGAGCAUGUCUUACAAUCAUACUUACUUUUAUCUUUGUUCGUCAUUCUAGAGAUAAUCAUUAUAAAUAUUUCAUGUAGCAUCAGAUAUAGACAAUUGGAUUCACAUGUUAUGUAUAGAUGGUCUUUGAAGGUUAGCUUAUGCAUGGUGGUGUGUAUGAAUUCAUAAGGUUGCGAUUUCAUCAUGUGGGUAGUCCUGAAUAGGGCGGUGGAUUUGAAAGGGGAUAGAAAGGAAUUGAGAGAGGUAUUCUUUUGGUUGGGUCCUCUGGAGGACUUCUUGGUAUUGCAUGGGUAGAGACCUUUAGAGAAAUUAAAGCCCAUCUGCAUUUGUUUGGCCAGGAGGGAUUAGAACUCCAGGCAUGAUCAUUGACAGUUGGUUAUCUCAUCAAAUCAGCUCUCAAUUAACACAAAAAAAGGGGACCAUGGGGGACCAACGGUCACCGCUUUGGCAUUGUUUGCUACAUGGAGGGCGCAAGUAGCUAUACGUAGUGCAGCAGGCUUUAAGAGGGGCAUUCUUUUGUGAGAGGAGUCCUCAAAAGGAAAGAAAAGGGUUGGUGAAGUCCGUUCAGGACUCUUCUCGCGAAAGGAUACUUCUUUAAAUUUCUCUACAUGUCUCUUUCCAUACAAUUAGAAGUAGUCCUCCAUAGGACGAUUCCGAACCUCACUUUCUUUCAGUUUCUAUCAACUUUCAAACCCAACAGUCCUUGUCAGGACUACCCACAUGGUGAAACCGCAAAAUCAUGAAAUCAUGUUUGUAUAGAUGUAUAUAUAUAAGCUUUUUUAGUCCUGUGUUUGUAACGUUGCCUUUAUACCUUGUUCUUUCAGUUUCCUAGCACAGAAAUGAUCUCUGGUAUUAACCCUUUGGUUGCUUUAUUCACCUCUCUGUACGAUCGCUUGUUUGCCAUGUGUGCAGUUUUGCACAAUAUAAUAGGCUCCCAUUGGCUGAAGGAUUGCUUUGUGCAACAUAACAGCUUUGCAAAUUACCCCAUUUCUGGGCCCUGUUUCACAAAACUUGUCAUCAGUGACAAAUGACAGUUUUUGUUAUAAGUUACUGAAAUCCUUGCUUCUGAUUGGUUAUCAGCAGAUUUGUUACUGAUAUUUGUCAUGGCCCCCUGGUCUUGAUUAGCUCCAUGACAUUGGAUUCAUUCACACACAAUGUGCACCAUCUCCACUCCCUGGAGAGCAAUCCUACUAUUUGGUCACUGUGAGGGCAUAUGGCGAUCACUAACACAAAAGUUUUUGCCAUCCUCCAGGUCCCCAUUUCUCUCCUGGGUAUGGUGUGGCAAAUGUGGAUUAAUGCCUUGCCAAAGGACAUUGGUGCCAUGUCUGGGAUCGAACCCUUGACCUUAGCUUUUCAAGUCAACUAUGGCAGCUUUAGGUUAUCAUUUAGCAAAUCAAGGCCUGGAAAUGGGGAAGCAUACAAAAUGUUUGCAUAGUGCAAUACAAAUCUGUGCCUGUUAUUGUGCUUAUCAGCACACAUGGCAAGCCUGUGAUUGUGCCAAUUAACACUCAUGGCAAACAAAAGGUUAUUUCCGAGCUAUAGUGGAUGAGAAUCAUGAUUUU